CAUUUAAAUAUAAAAUUAGUGAUUCAGUGACACAAAAAAAAAUAUUUCAACAAUACGGAAUCCGAUGGACUUGUCUUUUAGAGUUGCCAUAUAUUGAUAUACCCCGAUUUACUAUAAUUGAUCUCAUGCAUAAUAUAUUUUUAGACACAAGUAAACGUAUAGUGCAUCGUGCAUGGAUAAAUGAGGAUUCACCAAAGCUUGGUAUUAAACAAUUAUAUGAAAUUCAGAAUCUAAUUAAUGCAACUCCUUUACCGCUGGAAGUGCUAGAAAAUUUUAAUCGUCAAAUUUAUAUUCAACAAAUUAAAGCCAAAGCUUAUUCCUACUUGCCGCAAAAUUUUUUAUCAUUAUUGGAUUUAAUUGCGCAAACUAAUAUUGAAAAAAAUGGAACUUUGGGAAACUACAAUUUUAUGGUUCAAGAGGCUUUAGACUUCCGUGCAAUGUCUGGUGGAUUAAUUAAUCAUAUUGUAACUGGCUCAGAACAAUUUUCUGGGCAUUUUAUUGGACCUUUUCAUGAGAUUAUCUUACCAAAUAAGAUAACUGAUUUUCUUGUUCAAUAUUAUACAAAUAUUUAUCCGAAUUACAGCUUUCACAGUGAAAAUCAAAAAACAAAUUCAAAACAAUCAAUUCUAGUUUCAUCAACAUCCUGUCGAGCAAUAGCUCUCAAGCUUGGAGAUGAAAUAUAUCAGUCAUUCUUUUCACGCUCUGAUUUAAAUUCAAAUAUAUUCGCACGAUGGCAACUAGAUGAUGCACCAACUAGCCAUUAUCUUGCCAUAGUUGAUUGGUACAAGAUGGAUCCACAAAAGCAAAGUUACUUUCAUGUCAAAUCACAUGAUAGUGCAUUGUCUACAAAUUCCGAUGGAAGUUAUCACGCUGAAUUAUGGGAAGAUCA